AUGGUAUUUUGGAAGGAAAAAUAUGGCUUUUUGACUUCAUAAAUCAUUAAACACCUUCCUUCAGAUGAUAAAAAAAAAAGAGCAAUAGAAAAAGUAGACAAAAUUGUGAAUAAUCCAAACAAAAAUAUUUUCAAACCUAAGGAUUUGUAUUUUACGAAAGCAGAUUAUUUAGAAUUUUUGGAAGCUAUCGAAGAAAAAUAACUCAUUCCUGAUACUCUAGAUUCUAUUAGGAAAAGAAUAGGUGAAUAUACUAUAAAGGAAGAUGAUUCACCUAACCAGGAUUUAAUCAAAAACAUACUCCAGAGGUCCUAAGCUAUAUUAAUGAAAGGUCCCUUGUAAUGUAAAUACAAUGAGUUAAAACAAAUUAGAAUUGAGAUCGAUGGUUUGUAUAAGUUACUUUAAGGUAAAAAAAAACUAGUCCAUAAAAGCAAGGUAAGAUCAGGUUCUAAAGGUCUUAAUGAAGAUGAUAAAUAGGAAGAAAAGCCAUUUAAUUUGACAGAUUAAGAAGCUAUAGAGUAAGAAGAGGAAGGGUAGUAAAUGAGUUGGAAUUUUUAUGAAUAAAAAUAUAGGUAAACUUAACAAGUUGAUUACAUGAAUGAUAGUAAUAAUAUUUUAGGGCUACAUUAGACUGACGAGAUGAUAAAUGAUGAAGAUAAGAUAAUAUUCUAAGCUAAUGACUAUAAUUUAGGGCAACAUUAGACUGACGAGAUGAUAAAUGAUGGAGUUAGGAUAAUAUUCUAUGAUAAUGACAAUAAUUUAUGGUUAAAUUGAACUGACGAUAUGAAAACUGAUGGAAGUAGGAUAAUUUUUUUUAUUCGUUCUGGCGCAAAUAUAUGAAAAA